AUGGCCAACACCGAGGAUGAUGCUGACUCGCGAACAGCAUUGAUCAACGCGCCACGAUCUCGGUCCUAUCCCAACUCCGCCCGAGACUCCGGCGACAAUGAGGAUCGCCCCGCAAAGAGGCGACGGCGGAACCGUUCCCGCGCAAACAGCGAUGUGACCGACUUUGUUCCCCGUGGCGGUGCGUUUAGUGCUGAUACUCUCGCGGUAGACCCCGAUGAAACUUCCAGUUCAGGAUCUAGCUCGAGCGACGAGUCUGACAGCGACGCGGAGAUGGGCAAGCGCCAGGUCGUAGCCAACCCUCAUGCUGGGAGCGCGCCAGUCAUCAAUUGGAACUCGGGAAGAAAGGCCGCAGUACGCACAACUUUGGGAAAACGCAAGACUCCGGCCGGAAGGCAGUCGGGGCCAAAGGAACCUCAGGAAAAGGAGCGACCGGACAAGAAGGCCAAGCAAGACGAGUCCCAGUUUAAGGAUGUGAAUACAUUCUGGCGGGCUGGCAGUGCUUCUGCCUCCGAUGAAGCGAGCGACAUAGUCAAUGGCAAAGAGGACAGUGACAGCCGUUCAGAAGGAGAAGUGUCAGACGAUGAAUCAAUCAACAUUGAGUCAGACUCGUCAGGGUCUCUGGACUCUGAAGAAGACGACUCAAUGCUGUUGAACAUCGGCACAAAGGAUGGAGCUGGUAGCGACGACUACGAUCCCGCGGAAAUGGAGGUUGGGAAUGGGACAGUAAAUGGCGCCAACGGUCAAACACCCGAGACAGCGUCUUCCGCUACAUCCAAUCCUAGGCGGUCCCAGUCUAAAGAAGCUGCUUUCCAACAGUUUGCCAAGAAAUACCCAACCGCACCAGUGACCCUGGCUGACCUGGACGAAGAAGAAUUGCAGAUUCAAGUGCAGUACAUCUACUGGGACCGAGACAGUGACGGUAUUGAUAUGCAACUCCCCGUGGGCUGUACCGAAUGUCUUCAACAUGGCCAUCUGACUGAUGUUUGCCCCGCCAGAGAGUGUGAUCAUUGCGGUGCCUGGAAUCAACAUCCAAACUAUCGAUGUCCCACUUGGUUGCGAUGCCAGAGGUGUCGAGAAAAAGGCCACGAUGAAAAAGAUUGCACUUCAAAAUUGAAGGGCUCUGUGACUGAGGUACCUUGUGAUCUAUGUGGCUGGCCGCAUCUCGAGUCCCAGUGUGAGAGCAUCUGGACGUUCCCAACGCGAGCCCUUAUUCCAGCCCCAACGGAGAUCCACGUCUCGAUCUCAUGUGCCCAUUGUCUCAGUCAAGCCCAUCUCAUUGGUGAUUGCCCUAACCUUAAGCCCUUUCAAACAUCAUUGACGCUGAAGGGCAUCGACCCCUCGAUCAAAAUUGUUGAUCUGAACAAGGCCCCAAGGAAGCGCCCGGAACCAAUAGACUACAGCAGAGAUGGAAACCCACACAGGCCGAAGGCGCAGACACUCUCCUCCAGUGAAGAUAAUUUACCACGUAAGGGCCGACAACCACCAGCUGCACGUGGUGCUCGGGGUGCCCGCGGUGGGGGUCGUGGCACUAUCCGUUUCGGAGACAGCUUCACUGUCCGGAAUGGCUCUGGACCUGACAAUUCUCGGAGCUCUGGGCGCGGCAAGGGAAAGCCACCUCCGUUUGCCCCCAGUGCCUCUCGUCCUCCACCACCUUCUCGAGGUGGCGGCCGUGGAAAAGGGCGUGGGAAGCCUGGUCGCCGAGGAAAAUAG